CUAAGGUUGAGUUCAAUUAGUUCACUUGUUUUAAGUAACUUACCGGUACCUGCUUAGAUUUAAAAUGUUAAUUAUUUUUUAUUUGUUAAUUGUUUUGUGUCAUCAAGUGUUAUUAAAUCCCGUGCAAAAAAAUGAGGAAGAGGAUGAUGAUGUCGUGCCUUAUCCAAACAAACUAGUAAGGAAUAGGACUGCGGAAGCAAUGGAAGAAGAAACGAGUAAAGAAUACUGGAAUAAUCAAGCAACAAAACUAUUGAAGCAAAAAUUGACAUCAAGACCAAUUGAAAAUGUUGCCAAAAAUGUCAUACUAUUCCUCGGUGACGGUAUGUCCAUUCCAACCGUUGCUGCUACUAGAAUGUACAUAGGAGGAGAAGAAGAACUUCUAUCUUUUGAUAAAUUUCCGUAUACAGGAUUAUCCAAGACUUACUGUGUCGAUCAUCAAACUGCAGAUUCGGCAUGCUCAGCAACAGCUUAUUUAGGAGGAGUUAAAGGAAAUUUGGGAACAAUCGGUGUAUCAGCAGCGGUGGGAAAGAAAAACUGCACUGCUAUGAAUCUUAAGGAAAACGAAGUUGAUUCAAUUGCAAGACUGUUUCAGUUAAAAGGAAAACGAACGGGUUUAGUUACUACAACCAGAGUAACACACGCUUCACCGGCAGGAGUUUAUGCACACACGGCUUACAGACGGUGGGAGAGUGACUCUGCUGUGCUAAAAUCGGAGAACGAUCCAAAAGAAUGCAGGGACAUUGCUUACCAAUUGAUUUUCGGAGAAACUGGCAGAAAUCUUCAAGUAAUACUUGGAGGAGGCCGUAAAAAUUUUAUACCAAAAGAAGAAGAAGAUGAAGAAGGCAAGCCAGGAGCUAGAUCUGAUCAUAUGAACUUAUUAGUUGACUGGACUAAACAGAAGGAGAGGUUGGGUCUUAAAUAUGAAUAUGUUUCAAAUAGAGAGCAAUUGCUUAAUGUAAAACAUGACACUGAGUAUAUGUUAGGGUUAUUUGAUAACGGCCACAUGCGUUUCAACCUAGAAAGAGACAAGGAAGUUCAACCAUCUUUAGAAGAAAUGACCGAGGCAGCAAUAAAAACUCUCCAAAAGGGUCCUGAAGGGUUUUUCCUCUUUGUGGAAGGAGGUCGAAUAGACUCAGCCCACCAUUUAAGUUCUGCACACAAAGCUUUGGACGAAGCUGCAGAGUUUUCCAAAGCUGUCCAGAAAGCCGUAGAUAUGACCGAUGAGAAAGAGACGUUGAUCGUAGUUACCUCGGAUCAUGCGCAUACAAUGAGCUAUGCGGGAUAUGCUCAACGAGGAAGUCACAUAUUCGGUUAUGGAGGAAAAGCGACGGAUGAUAAUUUGUAUCCCAUUUUGAAUUACGCCAACGGUCCCGGAUAUAAAGUAAUGGAUGGUGGAGAAAGAUUUGUACCGUCGGAAGAUGAAAUGAAUGAAGUCGGCUUUCAAUGGCCGUCAACGACACCAUUAACAUCCGAAACUCAUGGUGCAGAUGAUGUUGCAAUAUUCGCCAGAGGCCCUUGGGCGCAUCUCUUUAGCGGUGUAAUGGAAGAAAAUGUAAUACCGCACAUAAUGGCAUUUGCAGCGUGCGUUAGUGAAGAAGUACAAUGUGAUAGUUUCAGAAAAGAUGCUUAGGAAAUGUUAAUAUAUUUAGGUCACAAUCUCAGUAUUUACAAUUAGUAAUUAUUAUAUGAAGUUUUCCAUCAUUAUAUACGCUUUUCGUGGAAAUUUACCUGGUGACAAAAAGCAGAGCUAACGUAGACUCUUUACUCAACUACUGUGGGAUUAAAAAAGCUCGUAAAAUUUAAUCAUUGUGUUUAAAAGAUUAAUUUUUUGUUGCCUUUGAUGUAAAAUUAUUUCUACUUUUUGUCAAACUUAAAUAACUAAAAAUUAUAACAAAAUAAAGAAUUUAGUUUGUUACACAAGAAAAUUAUAGUAAACAUUUUAAAUAUUUAAGUAUGUAUUUAAAAGUUAGCUCGUAAACUAAGUGAAUUAUAUUUAUUGUUUAUAAUAUAAGCAAAUAGAAAAUUGAAAAAUGGACUCUCUAUAAAUUGCUUUGAUAUGUAUAUAAUUAUCUCCAAAUGUGAUAAAAAAAUAGUUAUAGUAGUGAUUACACAAAUACCUUCUGUA